CAACCUCAUAAACAAACCCCCGAACAACCACUCACUCACCUCAUCCACACCACAGCUCCUCCUCCUCCUCCUCCUCCUCCUCCACCACUGAAACAACCCAACACAACACCAACACCAACCACCCCAAUGCGCGACACCUUCCAAAACCCACACCUCGUCUCCCUCGCACGGCACGCCGAAACCACCAACCCAGGCACCUACACGCACCUAAUCCACCUCUCCGGCAGCAGCAACGGCGACCGCCAAGCUUCCUUUCUGGGCAACCUAACCACGCAAAUCAGCAGCAUAUGCGCGCAAAUCGCCGCGGACCCCAUCCUCUCCACCGCCCCCGCCAUCAACGCGAUCGGUUUCUCCCAAGGGGGCCAGUUCCUGCGCGGCUACAUCGAGCGAUGCAACACGCCACCCGUCCACAACCUCGUCACCUUCGGCAGCCAGCACGCCGGCAUCUCCGAGUUCCAGGAAUGCAGCUGGAACGAUUUUCUCUGUCGCGGCGGCGAGGCCCUCCUGCGGGCCGGCAAAUGGUCCCCCUUCGUGCAGGAGCGGCUUGUCCCCGCGCAGUAUUUCCGGGAUGCGAGUAACGAGGAUGAAUACGCGCGGUAUCUCGCCGAGAGUAACUUCUUGGCCGAUGUGAAUAAUGAGCGCGAGGUGAAGAAUGCUACCUAUAAGAGGAAUCUGGGUAUGUUGAAUCGGUUUGUCAUGUAUUUGUUUGAGGGGGAUCGCAUGGUGCAUCCGAAGGAGUCGGCGUGGUUUGGCGGCGUGGAUGGGGUGGGUGGAGAGGUGGUGGGCUUGAGGGAGAGCAGAGUUUAUAAGGAGGAUUGGUUGGGCUUGAAGGGCUUGGAUGAGAAGGGAAAGUUGGUGUUUAGGUCUACACCCGGUGAGCAUAUGCAGUUGGAUGAUGAGGUGUUGGAGGGCGUGUUUCAGGAGUUUUUUGGGCCUGUAGAGGUCGAGUUUGAUGAGAGGGGGAGGGGAAGGUUGGUUGAUCAGACGGGCGUUUAGAUUGUUGUUACUACAGUUGUUGCUGUCACUGCUGCAAAGAAGAUAGCUGUGUACUGGGUUGAUCGGUGAUGUAUGCUAUACCCGUUGUUUACCUAUGUACUAUACCUAGGUUAGGUUGUAUGGUUGUAUGAUUAUAUUAGGUACACUAACUGCGAUAUUCUACAUGCGCAGAGGAUAUCACGCCACAACAAAGACAUCAAUUGCCAGGUGAUAAUAUCCAAGAAAUCAGACAGAAAGAGAAAA